AAAAAAAACCCAAAGUACAAAAAUAUACUACUGCAAACUAAAUCAAAUAUACUACGAAUAAAAUUAAACCAUUAACGUCAGUAAUGCACUUCUACACAAUAAAGUGAAACGCUACACACCGAAUUGCACACUGCAAAUGAAAGCACAACGCACACCUCAAAUCAAGGGAAAACUCACUGCAAACAAAAAGCUAAGGCACGCCGCAAAAGGGACUUAAUCUAUGCGUGCGCAUUUGCGCGUCAAGGCCUGUGACCGAGUCGUGUGCUCAAGUUCGCGCGCUUUUUCCUCAUGGUUACAUUUAAGAUGGCGUCCAAUUAUGUUCGUGACGAAAUUCGUGCAGUAGUUCGUGAGGAGGUGUCCCGAAUGCUUAGUUCCCCUUGAACAGAGCGCGAAGUCAGUGAAGAAACACGCAAGCUUCGAUCAGUCGUUUGACGACAUUCUUCAGUACACCUUGCUAUAUCCCGACUUCCGAGAAGUGGUUAACGUUCCCGGGACAAACGAAAAAUUUCAACUUCCGCAUACAAACAAGCAAUCGGCAAAGAGUUUAAGCGUUGGACGUUCUACUUAAUUCCUGUCGACGACUUCACAGACAUGUCAGAUGAAAGCGACAGCGAAGCCACUGCCAACCCUGCCAAACAAUCGCAUUUGCGCGAAUUUUUCUCCGGUGCUUCGAAAAGAGACUUAACUGGGAGCUCGGAUGAUGGUAAUGAUGAUAAGGAAAUCAGGGAAAUGAAUUGGUGCCCUUGGGAUGCCAGUGAGUCUGGUACUUCAAAUCAAGCCGGGGAUCACAGAACUGGAGCAAGUGAUAUAGAAGCUUUAAAAGAAACCUUCCCAAGUAACUCUGAGGAAGAAAUUGCCCAAGCCCUUGAAAAUACCAGCUCAAGGAAUGAAGCUUCUGAAAAACUUUUAACAGCUGACUCAAAAAUAGAAUGAAUUGAUGGCAUUUGUAGCCUUGAUGAUAUCUUAAGCAUGCUGUACAAGAGAGUAAAGCAGCAUGAGUGAUGUGAAGUUAGAGUAAGCAGGCAGGAUCUAUUGGUGGAUGGCAUUUAAGGCAGCUAUGGCGGAAAAAAAGUUUGUUGGGCCUGUUGACAGUGCAGUGCUUUGGAGAGUCAGGGAUAGACACUGGAGGGCUCUAAAAGGAGUUUUUAUCUGCAUUUAUAGUGGAAUUCAGACCAACCUAUUUGAGGGCAUUCAACUUAGUGGUCUGUCUCCUGCACCUCAUGUUGAGGCUGUGGAGUAUGGCUCCUUCAAAGUUGUUGGCCAAGUUAGGGUUAUGUCAGUUCUCCAGGAGGGUCCACCACCUGCCUUUUUAGCCAACUGGGUAUACCACUAUCUGUGUACUCCUGAUGUCACAGCCAUAUCACUAAUAGAUGAUGACAUUGUUAAUCCAGACAUCAGGACUUUAGUGAAAAGGGUAAAAGAAGUGAACAGUUAAGAAGAACUGCAAGCCAUUUUCCAAGAAGACACAAACAUGGAUGUGUUAAUGAAUACUGGCUUUACAUCCACAAUUUCCUUAGAGAAAAAAGACACUAUUGUAAGGGUUAUAACACUUCAAAACACAAUUAUGAGGGUGAAAGGUGAACUAGACCAAAUGAGGGAAGGACUUAGGCUGCAUGGGUGCCUGGCCAUAAUGGAAGAAUACCCAUCACUCAUGGAGAAACUCUUUGUGCCAGGAGAAGAUUAUACUGUGACGUCUACAUUUUUGAUGAACUCAUUGACAGCUGAAUACUCAGAGCCUGGAUCAACAAGGAAACUACAGGAAACAGCUGUAAUGGCUUACUUCAAUAGAUAUGUUGAAGAAAGAGAAGACAACUUGAGUGAGUCUACCAACAGCGCUGGGGGUGUUACAGAAAUAUUUCAGUUUCUUACUGGAAAAACUACAAUGCCAUUUUUACCUGCUGAGAAGAACAGUUUUACCAUAACAGUAAAGUUUAUGCACUGCAGCAAUGACCACUAAAUUUGCUUCCCCACGGUUUCUACUUGUGCCCUUUGGGUACAGUUACCUGUUGCUCAUAUGACCACUUUCAGUGAUUUUAAAUUUAACAUGGACACUGCAAUAAGACAUGAAAAGACCUUUGGAAGAGCUUAAUAGAUGACUGCUUUCAGUCUGUACUGGCGACCUCAGUUAAUCAGUGCUUGUACAACUUUAAAAGAAUAAAACAUGGCUGCCAAGUCCUACCACCGAGGAAACUGGGACUUUAUUAAUUAAUGGUAUUGUGCUGCCAAGAAACAUUGUUGAAACUCUGUAACUUGUAACCAGUGAAAACAUCUUGGAGAGACAAAAAACCAUUAAAAAAUGUCAGUAAAAGCUAUUUUCAGUCAAAUAUACUGCUGUUAACUAGUGCUAUUGGGUGAAAAAAUAUAUUAUUAAGAUUAAGUGAUUUUAGCUGCCUGUUUCUUUAGAAGACAAACAUUUGUCAUUGGAGAUGGUUUGGUUCAACAUUCGCAGUAUAUCUCAAACAAGUAACACAUUGGCACAAGUAA